AUGAUCACUUCUAAACCACCUCCAUUACCAUCACUAAUCAUAACCCUAAUCAUCCUCACCACAUCCUCAACAUGUUUCUUCCCAUUAGCACUCGCCGACGAAGCAGAAGUCCUCUUAACCUUCAAGAAAUCCCUCUCCAACCCCGCCGCCUUACAAACGUGGAACGCCACCGUUUCCCCGCCGUGCAACCGCGACUCCUCCGAUUGGGCCGGGCUCCGCUGCACGGACGGGGCCGUCGAGAAGCUGAUCCUCGACAACAUGGGCCUGGUGGGCAUCAUCGACGUGGACUCACUCUCCCAGCUCCCAAAACUCAGGACGUUCAGCGCCAUGGGGAACAACUUCGACGGGCCCAUCCCGCCGUUCAGCAAGCUUUCCCUUAAGAACCUGUACCUCUCCGGGAACAAAUUCUCCGGCGAGAUCCCGGCCGAUGCGUUCAAAGGGAUGGCCUCGCUCAAGGAUCUUUACCUCGGGAGCAACCGGUUCGUGGGCCCGCUUCCUGGGUCGCUUGUUGGGCUCAACAAGCUUAGCGAGUUGGGCCUGGAAGGGAACCAGUUUAGUGGGAGUAUCCCCGACCUUCAACAGCCGUUGACGGCGUUUAACGUCUCCGGUAACGAUUUGGCCGGUCCCAUCCCUGGGAAUCUGGCGGACAGAUUUAACCAGAAAUCAAAGACGAAAACCAUCUUGAUCAUCGCGGCGAUCAUCGCCGUGGUGGCGAUACUGGGGGCGAUCCUGGCCUGCACCUUCAUCCGGGGCCGGGGAUCCAGAAGAGAGGGACGAGCCCAAUUCAACGACACGAGGAACCUGAAGAAAUUCGGGGCCGCAGGCAAAAUGGGCCCAAAGAUGAAGGCCCAUGAUGACCACCACCACCCGUACCAUUCGGCCCAACUGGAGCCCAUGGCGGCGACCGGCGGCGGGGGAGGGAGGAGAGGGGAGAGCGGGAAGCUCCGGUUCGUGAGGAGCGACAGGGAGACGUUCGACCUGCAGGAGCUCCUGAGGUCGUCGGCGGAGGUUCUCGGCAGCGGGAACUUUGGGUCUUCUUACAAGGCUGUUCUCACCGAAGGUCCUGCCAUGGUGGUGAAGAGGUUUAGGCACAUGAAUAACGUUGGGAAAGAGGAGUUUUACGAGCAUAUGAAGCGGCUGGGGAAUUUGUCGCACCCGAACUUGCUCCCCCUCGUGGCUUUCUAUUACAGGAAGGAAGAGAAGCUUCUGGUGUCUGAUUUCGUCGACAAUGGCAGCCUCGCUAGUCAUCUCCAUGGGAAGCGACGGCCAGGGGAACCAGGGCUGCCAUGGCCAACAAGGCUGAAGAUCAUCAAAGGAGUAGCGAAGGGAUUAGGGUAUCUGUACAAAGAGCUCUCCGAUUUGCCCCUGCCGCACGGCCACCUGAAAUCCUCCAACGUCCUCGUCGACCACACGUUUCAGCCGAUGCUUACCGACUACGCGUUAUCGCCGGUGGUGAAUCGAGACCAGGCGCAAGGGGUGAUGGUGGCGUACAAGUCGCCGGAGUUCAUACAGACGGAUCGGACGACGAGGAAGACGGACGUGUGGAGCCUGGGGAUCCUGAUCCUGGAGCUUUUGACGGGGAAGUUCCCGGCGAAUUACUUGCGGCAAGGGAAAGGAGCGGCGGCGAACGCGGACCUGGCGGCGUGGGUGAAUUCGGUGGUGAGGGAAGAGUGGACGGGGGAGGUGUUCGAUAAGGACAUGAAAGGGACCAAGAACGGGGAAGGCGAGAUGCUGAAGCUGCUCAAGAUCGGGAUGUGCUGCUGCGAGUGGAACGUGGAGCGGCGGUGGGAUUUGAGAGAAGCUCUGUCCAAGAUUGAGGAGCUGAAAGAGAGGGAAGAAGGUGGUGAGAACGAGGAUUAUUGUAGCUCCGAUGGUGAUCUCUAUUCUUCAAGGGCCAUGACCGAGGAAGACUUCUCCUUCUCCGUCACCGCUUGA